AUGACCAGCUACGAAAUGCUGCCUCAUCAAAAGUUUGCUAUUCAAAUCGAUUUACGUGAAAGUGAUACACGUUUAUUGGUAUUUGGUUCCAAAUGGGGUAUUGAAUAUUUAUCAGAAGUUGAUACGUGGCAUAUGGAUGGUACAUUUAAAACUCGUCCAUUAUCAUUUAGACAACUGUAUAUUAUUCAUGGUUAUAGAAACGGUUACAUGAUACCAACAGUCUAUGCAUUGACAUCAGAUAAAAGUGGUAAAACAUAUGAACAAAUAUUGAAAACAAUUAUUGAACAAGCAAAUAAAUAUAAUAUUGUUGUUGAACCAAAACGUGCUGUAUCGGAUUUUGAACAGGCAAUAUUUAAUGCACUGAGUAAUAUAUUUCCAAAUCGUAAAAUUUCUGGUUGUUUUUUCCAUUAUUCGCAAAAAAGUUCAAUUAAUUGGUCUCGUGGUGCAAUUGGCUUAGCACUGAUACCAUUAAAUAUUGUUAUUGAAACAUGGGCUAAUAUUAUGUCAGAAUAUACAUCAGAUGAUUCAGCAGCCACAACAUUCAAUGAUUAUUUAACAGAUACAUGUGUUGAUGAUGACGCUAUAUUUCAAUCAUUUAUAUGGAAUAUUCAUGAUUUAAUUAUUACUGGUCAGCCGAGAACAAAUAAUCAUGUCGAAGAUUUUCAUAAUCGAUUAAAACAGCAUUUUGGUGUCCAUCCAUAUAUUUAUGAGUUUAUUGAAGCAUUAAAAGAAGAAAAUGAAUAUAAUCAUACACGUUAUACAGAAUCUUUCAUGCAAACAGUCAAACGGAAGAAAGUCCACAAUAAUUGUGAUAAUAAAUUCAAGGAAUAUUUUAAAAGAUAUGAAAAUGGUACUUUGUCUGGAACCGACCUUGCAAUUAAAUGCGGUAAAUGUGUUAAUACUGCAAAAUUACCUCUUUCAUUGUAA